AUGGCCUCGCCGCUUUUUCUUCCCUCGUCGCCCGCCGAUAACCCCGGCCCGCACGGCCCCGCCGACGCGUCGCCCGGGCUUCUGUUCGCCGCAGCCACGACCCACGUGGCGCACGUGGCCGACGUGUUGGCGCUGGUAGCCGCCAUCCACCCGUACGCGUUGAUGGUGGUGUCGCCGGACGGCGUGACCUUCUUCGCCGAGUACAACCACGUGUUGAGCGUGCAGGCGGCGGUGGACGCGUCGCUCUUCCUGGUGUUCCGGUGCGCCGGCGCCGCCGUGCAGUUGGGCAUCAACGUGCAAAUGGUCAGCAGCGCGUUUGCCGCCGCCGCGGCCACGGGCCUGCCGCGGGCCAAGGGCGGCCCGCCGCUCCCGGACGCGGCGCCGGGCCCGGACCCGGUGUGGUGCCACCUCAAGUACCGCGGCGCCGGGCACGCGCUCGUGGUGGAGUUCGAGGACCGGCUCAUGAGCGAGCAGAUCGAGUUUGCCACGUUCGUCUUGGACGUGUGGCUGCCGCACGGCGAUGCCGGCGCCGCGCUUGCGCUCGACCACGCGGCGUUGCGCUUCGAGGCCAUUCUCCAGAGCGACAUCCUCGCGGUGUUGCUCCUGGACCUCCACAGCCUCGGCACGGAGGACCUCCUGGUGUACGUGGGCGGCGCGGGCGGCGACAAGGGCGGCGACAAGGGCGGCGGCGCGGGCCUGGUGGACUUCGUGCUGCGCGGCGCCAUCGGUGUCCUGAAGCUCGUGUACCCGCGGGCUCGGGCCGUGCUCCAGAAGGCCGAAGUCCACGGGCCGGGCGCGGCGCCGGGGCCCGUGGUGUGCACGCUUGGCUUCGCGUCGUUCCUGCGGAUCUUCCGGGCGGUGAGGCUCUCGUCCAAGUGCAAGCUCAUGGGCGACGCGGCCGGCGUGUUGUGCGUGCAGCUCCUCUGCAAGCACGCGGCGGCGCCGAGCUACCCGGGCACGUUGGUGGCGUUCCACAUGCUCGAGAAGACGGCGCCGGGCGGCACGGCGCACGACGUGCACGUGGACAUUGCGGGCUUGUUCGACGACCGUGUGUACCAGGAGGUGCGCGAGUACGGCGCCGGGACGGGUGGCGCGACGGGUGGCGGGACGGGCGUUGGGACGGACGAGCCCGCGUAUCCGGCGGCCUGGUUGGACACCGCGCCGUUCUCGUACCAGGCGUUCAGGCGCCCCCUGGCCACGGGGGAGCCGCCGGCGAAGAAACAAGCGCCGCGUGAUGCCGACCUGCCCGAGGUCCCGCUUUUCUUGUGA